UGCGCGCCGCCCUCGCCGUGGGGCUGCCGCUCCCCCCGCGCCGCGUCCCGACCCGGGCCCCGUGGCUGCUCGUACGGGAGCGCCGUGGGGACAAAAGUCUCCCCCACCGCGCCGGCUUCUGUCCCGUCCUCCGUCCCGCGGGCCGAUCCCGGGCGGCGACGACCGGCGUCUCGGAGGCGUCGCUCCGCGGGGAGGAGGAGGAGGAGGAGGAGGCCGAGGCUGCCCGCGGCCGCCGCCCGGAUGCUGCGCUGGCUGAUCGGGGGAGGCCGCGAACCCCAGGGGCUGGCCGAGAAAUCUCCUUUACAGACGAUAGGUGAAGAACAGACCCAGAACCCCUAUACUGAAUUACUUGUACUAAAAGCACAUCAUGACAUUGUACGAUUUCUGGUCCAGUUAGAUGACUACAGAUUUGCAUCAGCCGGUGAUGAUGGAAUUGUAGUUGUGUGGAAUGCCCAGACAGGAGAAAAACUUUUGGAGCUCAGUGGACACACUCAGAAGAUAACGGCUAUUAUUACAUUCCCUUCCUUGGAAGCUUGUACAGAACAAAGCCAGCUGAUCUUGACAGCCUCUGCUGAUAGGACAGUUAUUGUAUGGGAUUGUGAUUCUGGCAGACAAGUUCAGCAAGUAUCAUGCUUCCAGUCCACUGUAAAGUGUUUAACUAUUCUUCAAAGACUGGAUGUUUGGCUCUCUGGUGGGAAUGACCUCUGUGUCUGGAACCGAAAGUUAGAUCUCUUGUGUAAGACUCCUCACCUUUCUGAUACAGGAAUCAGUGCUUUGAUAGAAAUACCUGAGAACUGUAUUGUGGCAGCAGUUGGUAAAGAACUGAUAAUUUUUAGGUUGAUAGCACCCACAGAAGGAUCACUAGAAUGGGACAUCAUUGAAGUUAAACGUCUCCUUGAACAUCAGGAUAACAUUCUUUCGUUGGUUAAUGUCAAUGAUGUGAAUUUUGUAACGGGCUCCCUCAUUGGAGAACUGAUCAUCUGGGAUAGCCUGGAUUGGACUGUGCAGGCCUGUGAGCGCAACUUCUGGGAUCCAUCUCCACAGCUGGAUACUCAACAAGAAAUAAAGCUCUGUCAAAAAACAAAUGACAUUUCUAUUCAUCACUUCGCCUGGGAUGAAGAGAAUGUGUUUGCCGCCGUUGGACGGGGUCUGUACGUGUAUAACUUGCCAACGAAGCGUGUGGUCGCCUGCCAGAAAACAGCACACGACUCCAGCGUCCUGCACAUCGCCAGGCUGCCAAACAGGCAGUUGAUCUCCUGCUCAGAAGAUGGCAGUGUGCGCAUUUGGGAGUUACGUGAGAAGCAACAGCUCACCGCUGAACCCGUACCAACAGGAUUUUUUAACAUGUGGGGAUUUGGAAGAGUGAGUAAACAAGCCAGUCAGCCUGUUAAAAAGCAAGAAAAUGCCACUUCAUGUUCACUGGCGCUUCUUGGAGAUUUGAUUGGACACUCAUCAUCCGUGGAGAUGUUUCUCUACUUUGAAGAUCAUGGACUAGUGACAUGUUCUGCCGAUCAUCUCAUUAUUUUGUGGAAAAAUGGGGAACGAGAAUCUGGACUGCGCAGUCUAAAAUUAUUUCAAAAAUUAGAGGAGAAUGGUGAUUUAUAUCUUGCUACCUAGUUAAAGGAAUUCUAACUACCUAUGCAUGAACUGUGAACACUGAAAGUAGGGUAGUACUUUGAAAACCAUUAAUAAUGACCAUUUAUAUUUAUAAUAUAUUUUCUUGUCAUGCCAUAAAAUUCUGUGUUUGAAUUUUUUUGUGUGUGGAUUUGUAAACUGACAUAUGUGGCCUCUCAAGUAUUAGUAUGUUUACCAAAGAAUAUGUAAGUUUUUCACAUGACAGACAUGUCGUAAAAGUUAUAGAAAUGACUUAGUAGCCUUAUGAUUAUUUUUUUGCAUUACAGACUUAAAUGAGAAGACCUCUCACUCAGUUGGCAUCAUUUUGACACCUGUAAUUAAAUUCUUAUUCAUAAUCUUUGACAUAGAUUGAUCCCAGAGCCUCACUGAACAAUAGGCAGGAGAUUCUUGUAGGAAAUAAAGUCUGCAUAGUAGCAGCACUAUGUGGUAAGUGCUGACUCGAGAGUGAACCUAUCCUAUAUGGUGCUAGAACAAUGAUGUGAUAGUCAGUCAGUAGAAACUUCAGACUCUUUGUUUACCCAUAACAUUUUGGUAUAAUUUGUUUAAAUCAUUUAAAAUUUUUUACCUACUAACAUUCUAUGGAAAUUUUACAGAGGUGUAUUUUUCCCCCCAGGGGGAACUGUUCUCAGAAACUUGACUACUUACAUUGUCUUGAUCGGUGCUAGAUAGGUCAAGAGUUAGGAUGCUCCAGAAGCGCCUAAUUCCUCGUUACCACUAACCAAUAACACAGGAGAGUUUUACCUUUUUGAUACUAAAGAAUAAUUGUGGACUUAUUCAUAAAUUUAAACUGAUGUGUCAGAGAACUUAACACUUCAGAUUUAUUUGUUGAUCACACACAAACUGAAACAAAACUCAUUUUCACUAAUUUUACCUUCAGCAGCUGCUUCCACAGCUACCUACAAAGACCAGAAGAGUGACAGUAAUCUAAGCUAGACCAAUGCCAUAACAUUACAGGGAACUGAAGCCUGGAAUGAUAAAAGAAAUACAUGACCAUCACUUUCCUUUCCAAGGAAAGCCAAAAGCCAAAUUGUGCCACAAUUUUAAUUCACAAUGAAAACAGCAGUAUAGAUACAAUCCCUAACAGAAUAUAAUGGCAUUAUUCAAGAAAACAGAACAAUUCUGAAAUUUGUAUGGAACCACAAAGGAGCCUGAAUAGCCAUUAUGAGAAAAAGAGGCAUUUAUAUUUCCCUGCCUUCAAACUAUACUAAAAAGCAUCAUUUAAUUAAAACAAUAUGAAAUGGAACAGGCACAUAGAACAGGAAAAUGAAAUAAAAAAAAGAUUGGGUCACAGUAGAAAAAGUUUAAACAAAGUAUAUAAAGUGUGUCACUGUCAUCGAUUUGUUUGAGCGGGCACCAGUAACGUCUCUCACUUUGAGACUUAUUGUUAACUGUUUUUGACAUAUCCAAUACACCAUGGGUAGCUUGCCGGGCUCUCCAAGAGGGGCAGAGGAAUCAAACAGAGGUCGGCUGCAUGAAAGGCGAACGCCCUACUGUUGUGCUCCAGCCCAUAAAGUGUGCAUAGAAAUCAAAAAUUUACUGAUAAGCCAUAAAUUUAUUUUAAAACAAAGUUUUUGCAACCCUAUCUGGGUUCAUGAUUUAGGUACUAGAGCACUUGAAAAUAGAUCCACACAUCUAUUUUAUAUGGGCCUCUAACCUAGGACAAACAAGCCAGCACCAAACUGAAUAGCCAAAUGCAGAACAAAUGGAUCGAAAACUUGGCUGUUGGACCUGAAGCCAUAAAAUACAUAGAAGAAAAAACAGCCAAUAGACAAGUGGACCACCAUCAAAUUAAACAUAGAAACUGCAUUAAAACCAAUUUGUAGAAGAUGCCAGCACAUCUUACAUAUGAUAGAAGAAUAUAUAUCUCAAAUAAGGAACUCACACAACAAAAAAGAAACCCAGUUAAAAAAAAAAAAGCUAAACGACCUGAACAGACACUUUUUGAAGAAGAUUACACAGACUUCCCACUGACACAUGAAGCUCAACAUCAGUAACAGGGAAAUGCAAACCAGCUCCACAGGUGAGAACAUUGUGCAGUGAGAAUAGCUUAUUUCAGAGACCAGACACAAAGGUGUGCUGGGAAGGAUAUGGAUCGAAAGAAACUCUAGUAGUUGGUGGGAACGUAAAAUGGUGUAGCCUUUAUGGGUAGUAUCAAUAUUUCUUGUAAAAAGAUAAUUCCUUGCCCAUGGGAUCCAGCAAUACUAUGCCAAGGCAUUUAUUCAAAGGAUAUGAACACACUAAUAAAAGAAUAUUUGAAGCCUUAUCUUCAUGACAUCAUUACUCACAAUAACCAAAACAUGGUUCUUCAGACCAAACCAAGGUUUCAGACUUGAAGCCAAACUGUUCUUCAGAGGACUAGGUAAAGAUGCUGUGGUGGUGGGGCCGGAGCUGUAGUAGGCAGGUAGGGUAUUUGCCUGGUACAUGGCCAACCUGGGUUCCAUCCCUGGCACUCCAUAUGGUUCCCCGGACCCAUCAAGAAUGAUUCCUCAGUACAGAGCCAGAAGUAAGCCCUGAGCACAAACAAACUGGUGGGAAGCCAUGAGAGGUCCCAGUGACUAAAUCUGCUGCCUUGCAAGGAUGAGGUUGCAGUUCCUAUCCCUGUGCCUCCUGCAUGUGCACAAAGUAGUCCUGGCACCACCACAAGCAGUUUAAAGCCAGUCAGGUUUGGAUACAAGCACUGCAACUCAAGGUGUGCCCCCUUGGUGCAGGGUCAAAAACCACAAAAAGAUACGCAAUCCUGGUCAUCACAACAUCAAUGCAAGGGAAAUUCAAUGAAACUGUGGCUUGUAGACUCAGUGGUAUAGAACUCCACAGGUAAGUACAUUGAAAACUUCGAGAAUCAUUUCUGGUUCAGAUAAUAAUGUUUAUGCUAACCUCUUCAGGGUAAAUGCAACUUCCCUCUGUAUUAGUGUCGUAUUUUCCUAAAUCAGAAGGCUCCCUCAAAACAGAAUGUGUUAGUAAACAUUUCCAUGUAAAAGGUAAUUACAGUUGAUGCCAUAUGAUACAUACAUACCAUAAGGGUAAUUUCUAAGAAACUAAUUAUGUGGAGGACUGCAUUUGUAGUUAGUAACUCAACAGAUUUUGCCACAGCGGGGUACAUGAUACAGAGCAGAGCUGUACUAAAACUUCAGUACCUGUUCGUAUUAAAUAAUUCAACACAUACAUGAAAAUGAAAUUAAUUGCAUGUAGCUUUAAGAGGUCAUGAGAAGAAUGUCAGACAUUUAAUAAAUGUUACUUACCAAAUGGAACUGAAAGUGACACAGUGAAAGACUAUUCUUGCUUCAAGCAAACUUCUGAAACCUAGGAAAAUUGAGAUCCUUACGAUGGAAUUAUGGCAUUCUGAUUUUAAUGUGUUCUGAGAAAAAGUGUGACUCAUGAAAUAAAGGACACUAAACCAAAACUUUGAAAUUAUGAAAAAUUUAGGCCAAAGAGGUAAAAUAAAAACAGCUGUUGGGAAUGAAAAAUGGCUGUAGGAAUUUAGUUACAAGUACAUCACAAAAACAUUUUCAUCACAUUUAUAUAAUGCAACAAUGCAAUACAAAGCUCACUGCUGCCUGACCAAGCACGUUCUCAUCAUCUAACAAAAAUAAUUUAAAUACAUUUCUUUGCAUGGAAUUAUCAUGUUUCUUCUUUUUUUUUUGGUACAAAACAUAGAAAAAAACAUUGGCACAUUAUGUAGUGAUAGUUAUUAUUUUUUUCUUCCAUGUAUUAAAUCUAGUGUUCUGCAUUCCAUUUUUUUUUUCUGAAUAAAGAAA